UAUGCGCCCAUAGCGUGCACGUGUUCCUUGCUAAGAGCCUGAGACCACACACACACAACAGAGCUCCACAGCAACCUGAUCGCCAUGGUCGGCCUAUCCAUGGACCAGUCCUUCGUGCAGGCCCCCGAGCACCGCUCCAAGCGUACCAUCACCGAGGCCACCGGCAUCCCACUCAUCGACAUUUCGGUCCUUGCCUCCGGCGACGCCGCCGCCGUGGACGCGCUGGCCGCCGAGGUGGGCGCGGCGAGCCGGGAGUGGGGCUUCUUCCUGGUCGUGGGCCACGGCGUGCCGGCGGAGACCGUGGCGCGGGCGACAGAGGCGCAGCGCGCGUUCUUCGCCCUCCCGGCGGAGCGGAAGGCGACCGUGCGGAGGAGCGAGGCGGCGCCGCUCGGGUACCACGAGUCGGAGCACACCAAGAACGUCAGGGACUGGAAGGAGGUGUUCGACCUCGUCGCGCACGAGCCGCCGCCGCCGGCGGCGGGAACCGUGACCGAUGGCGAGGUCGUGUACGAGAACAAGUGGCCCGAGGACCUGCCAGACUUCAGGGAGGCGCUGGAGGAGUACAUGAAAGCCAUGGAAGAGCUGGCGUUCAAGCUGCUGGAGCUGCUGGCCCGGAGCCUGAACCUGAGGCCCGACCGGCUGCACGGCUUCUUCAAGCACCCCACCACGUUCUUCCGCCUCAACCACUACCCUCCCUGCCCGAGCCCGGACCUCGCGCUCGGCGUGGGCCCGCACAGGGACCCCGGCGCCCUGACGAUCCUGUACCAGGACGGCGUCGGCGGGCUCGACGUCCGGCGGCGCUCCGACAGCGAGUGGGUCCGUGUCGGGUGCGUCCCCGACUCCUUCAUCGUCAACGUCGGCGACACCGUGCAGGUGUGGAGCAACGACCGGUACGAGAGCGCGGAGCACCGGGUGUCGGUGAACCCGGCGACGGCGAGGUUCUCCAUGCCCUACUUCUUCAACCCGGCGGCCGACGCCGUCGUGGAGCCGCUGGAGGAGCUGGUGGGCGGGGAGGAGGACGACGACCCGCCCAGGUACAGCGCGUACAGCUGGGGGGAAUUCUUCAACACAAAGCUCAACGGCAACUACAGGAAGCUGGACGUGGAGAACCUCCAGAUCGAGCACUUCAGGAAGGGCCUCGAAGCGUAGCAGGAUUACGGACAGAUCCGUGCCCCGGCGAGGAGACCGGCCGUUGUCUUCUGCUACCGAGAGACGAUCGUCACCGUGUCGCUGUUUCUGGCCGUACAAGUAAUCUUAUCGUGCGUGCCGAGCAACAAAAUAUUUAUACUGCAAGACAGGAAGCAUUCAACGAGAUAAUAAUAAUAUGAAGAUAAGCUCAAAUACUAAAAAUAAGGUAUUUAAUCCAAAAAUCUAUUUCCGUGCGUUUUCACGAGUGCUGUAACUUUUUUAACAUAAUGAUGUUUUGAUAAUACCAGACAAUACAAUAAUGACCGGGGAUUACAAUUGGCAAAAA